UGAAUUUGUUCACCUCUCACGAUCUGUCUGUGGUGCAGUCAAAAUUUUUAAAGAAAUUAUAUUUGUAGAGCAAGUAAAUUCUUUGUUUCCCCUGUAGAUCAUGUUUCUUUGAAAAUUAUCCAUUUGUCUUCAUGAAAUAGCAGCAGAUACACCGAAAUGGUUACAAUAAUCAAGAACCAGUUAUUAAAACAUUUAUCGAGAUUUACGAAAAAUCUUUCUCCAGAACAAAUAUCUUUAUCAGCACUCCGUGGAUCUGGUGAGCUCCAGGAUUUGACGUUGGAUGAGGAUUUGUUGACAGAUCUACUGGAAUUGCCUGGGUGGGUUCGCUUGACAUCAGCUAAGUGCAACCGAGCCUCAUUCAGGAUACAAUGGACCAAGCUCAAAACUGUGCCCAUAGUCUUGAACCUCGACGAAGUGCACAUAGCAUUAGAAGUAUGUUCGGAGCCGCGGGUGUUAAAUCAAAACGCGGCGGCGGCCAUGCCAGCCCCGGGGAAAUAUAGUUACAUUCAUAAGGUGAUAGACGGUAUCUCAGUGGCUGUGAAUCAUGUUCAAGUAGAUUUUAAUUGUGAUGCAUUCACCAGUAGUGUUCAGAUCUCAAGAGUGACGGUGGAAUCGCGGACUCCGGACGGCAGGAAAGGUGACCUAAGACUGACUAGAAUCAAGUCGCCAGACACUGGACAGCUACUUAUAUUUAAGGAAUUAGAAUGGCAAAGUGCUCGGAUAGAAGCGAAAGCACACGGCGCCGCGGCGGCAAACUUGCCUCCUCUAAGACUGCUCUUGGGAAAUACACACUGCCGCAUCGUUAUCAAGAAACGACUGUCGGAUUGUGCGGUGCUAGGCUCGCGGCUAGUGCUCCGCCCGGAGCCGCUCGCGUGGGCGCUGACAGACGGGCAGCUGCGGGCGGCGCUCGCGUGCGCCGCCGCGCUCGCGGGGCCCGUACACCGCGCCACGCAGCUCGCUACGCGCACCAAGGCGGCUAGGAAGAUAGAAGAACCAAUACAACAAAUACACACUCGCUCGACGUCCAGUGAUCGCGACAUUUUGGCGCGAAUGUUCGCGAAGCACGACGUUCGGGAAACUUCCUAUCACCUUUUGGCGCCAAGGAUCGACUUGCAUCUCUGUGAUGAUCCUGGGUUGGGUAGAUCGGAAAUGCCUCAACUAGCAAACGGUGGCGCUUUACAAGUGACGUUAGUGAGCAUGCAGGCUGACCUCUUCCCCUACCACAAGGCGUCUGAUGAUAGACGCCAUUGGAGAGGCUACAGAGAAGCAGCUACGCCUCACAGCCAAUGGUUAUCACAAGCAUUGUCUUCAUUUUGCGGGUCUCUACUUGACUUGCUCGACCCUAGACCAAUCACACCUAGUACUAAGACUGCGAGUAAUCCAGAAAGAAACGAAGAGACGAUGCCCAACGGUGUGAGUCACAAGCCGAGCGCGCCUAGCUCAAACACUUCCAACGCGCCUCCCUCACACGCUACCUCACAAGCAUCACCGACGCGAACACGAAUACUCCAGCAGUUGGGAAAGCUGAUGACCACAUGCCUAGUUUUAAGGAUAGAUGAUUUUACCGUAUACAAGGUUUCCACUGGUUCUAAAACUAGAGAGUCGCCAAGACCUCUAGUUUCUGCUGAGAAGGCAACCCUACCGGGAGACGCAGGGCUGCUACACGCUGAGCUGACCUUCUUCUAUUAUCCUGGAGAUGUCUGCUUUCCAGUGCCGGCACCAAAGCUGUACGUGCAACUGAGUCCAGUGCGCAUAGUGCUGGACGUGCCCAGCCUGGUGUGGCUGGCCGCGUUCCUGCCGCACGUGGCUGCGGCUGCGCAGGCGAACAGCGGGGACACCGGCAGCACCUAUAUGGACGUGCGAGCGGAGGUUAUUAUGCCGAAGGUGGUGCUGGAGGCGGGCGCGGAGCACGUGGCGCAGCAGCGCGACCGGCCGCGCGAGCUGCACGUGUGCACCGCGCGCGCCACGCUCACCAACGUGCGCGAGGCGGCCAGGGCCAAUACCCCAGGCACCAGAGCAGAUCUAGCCUCUAUAAUAGCGGCGUUACGUCGCCACGCUCCCCGGGGACACUUCCCCAGCUCUGCGGACGAUAUGGACCCCAUACACGAGCAAUUUGUGUUGCAUGCUGAUAGCCUCGACGACAUAGACCGCGGCACGUCCAUCACGGCGGAGCUGCUGUGGCGCGAGGCGCGCGGCGUGUGGUGCGCGCGCGCGGAGCCGCUGUGGGCGGACUUCAGUGGCGCGCGCGCCACCAACUACCGCCCCACGCCGCUGCUCGACGCCACGCCGCUCACCGCCUGGAUGUGUUUCGAAGACGGUUUCAAUCGCAUCUGGGUGAUCGGUAGAACGAGCGGUCUGGCCGGUCUCCAGAUCAACCACUACCAGCUGCUAUUCCUAUUGCGGCAGCUGGAGAGGGUGUCCCAACUGACUGCAUGGCUGUCGCACCAGGCUAGCAGAAUGCCGGAGGAACCUGGCGACGUCAGCCCGCGCCGCAUCGAGGAGAAACCCGCUGAGGAAGGGGGGGGGGGACGGUUGAGAUCAGCAUUUAUACACGUCAUAGAAAUAUACUCACAAAAGCCAAUCCCAGGGCUCGGGGGCUGCUCCUCAGCGGGCAGCGGCAGCGGCGUGCACACCUCCACGUGGUGCAUGAGCGGCACCUGCGGCAACUGCGGCGCCUGCUGCACCUGCGGCACUUGCGGCCCCAGCUCGCGCUCCAGCACCGACGGCGCCAUCGUCGACUCGGACCCUAUGGACUUAGAAUUUUAUCACCGAAAACAAAUUUUCAGGGAAUUCGAACUGGGUCGUUCGUGCAACAGUGGCGUGGAGAUGGCAGCUGAAGUGGUGGAGAGGUCGUCCUCUCCCUCCGACCACUCCAUCACUAGCUCCUGCAAACGGAGAGAUCUGAUAUCCACAUGCACUUGGAGACUGAACAACAUAUACCUGGUGCAGCAAAGUGUCCCAGGAAAGUCCUCCCUCCGCCUCACCGCAGACGACCUCAAGUCCGAUCAGUGCUCCUCCAUACCCUGGGAUGAGUUCCAGACUCGACUCAAGAAUAAGUUUUCGAUGCGCGCUCGGGCGUGGAACGAACCGGCCAAUGAAGAUGAAAUGAGAGUGAAGGAAAUGCCGCGCGUCGCGGCUAGGCUAGUGCGCAACGAACUGCCUAGGCUCCUAGAUGAUAAUGGUCAACCGUCCGGUUUGGCGCCAUUCGAGGAACUUCUAGAAGCUCAGAUACGUGACUUGAGUAUGUCACUGAACAUGAGCACGGCCCUCGCGCUCUCCGAGUUCAUUGAGGACGAGGUCAUCGCCCCCCCCAUGCCUUUGGAGGUGCUAAUAUUGAAUCUCAAACUGCACCUAAUAGAGGACAGACCGACCCGAUCCAUAUCCUCUCCCCCUCCCCAACCGCUCGACCUCGAUCUGACGACCCUCCGCCUCACCCGGGACUCGAACGGCGUGGUCCACCUCGGGCCGCCAGUAACCAUUGAGACACCGACGAGCCAGAAUCCGCCGGAGUUGCAGAACGCGCGAGAGGAGAUAGACAGACUGAACAGGGAGAACGAAGAGUUGAGGAAGAGAUUGAACACGCUGGAUCGGAUAGCGGAGGAUAAUAGGGAAUUGAGGGCCAUCGCCGAGGAAGCGUCCGUCCUAAGGCAGUGUGCGCACGCGGCGCAGCAGGAAGCGGCCAACUUGCUGGCCGAUAAGCAAGAGUUGCUCGAGGCUUUGCGGGCUAUGAAGGAACAAAUGUCAACAAUACAGCGUGGGAAAAGGUAGCGAUCACCUUGCUCUCUGGACUGUACGGCGUGCUGCCGCCACGGGAAGGACUAGCGAAUUGAGGCUUAUUUACAUAUACAUAAGGAUGCUCUUACCAUGUACAUUAUAACGGUACAAAAGUGUCGGUUAUUUCGAAAUUCGAAAACGGAACAAGCAAUUUUGAUGCUUAACUACAUUGAAAUAGAGAUGAUUUUGUCAUGGGCAGUGUUAAACGGUGUUCCAAUAUAGUCUAGAACAUGCGAUCGCAAAUUUUGACGUUUAAAUAUAUUCGCAUAGGUAUGGUAGCUUCUACCGAACAAGUAUAAUAGAGAUAGCAUUUACCGUUUUAAAUGUUAAAAUCUUGAAGAGGUCAAAAAAUAUAAUUGAAAAAUAAUUGAUAUUUAUAUGUAUCAAGAUAAAGUUGUUUUACCACGAUUAUCAUACAUGAGAAAGGUGUUGGUAAUUAAGAAAAAAAGAUUAGUUUGAAAGUAAAUUUAGUAUUUUUUAACAUUAAUUUGAAAAUAGCUCAGCGAGUGUAUAAUUUUUAUCAAACAAUUGCGUGGGAUUGCCGUGCUUUGAAUUUUUACGUUUAUUUACAUUUUAUAUGUGAAGUUACUGAUAAAACAUCGAUAUUCAGAUGUAUGAUAAUAAGCUCCCUUUGUCAUACAAUUGUUACAAAGAUUAUAAAGACAUUUCAAAGUUAUGAACAAACAUGUAAGCCUAUUUGAUGCCUAAAUAUAUCACCAUAACACUGAUUUUGCUGAUUACCAUGUAUCAUACCAAAAUUUACGGUAUGUCGAAACUUCUAGAACAUUUUUCUUUACGUCAAAAAGUGAUCGACAACAUUAUUAGAACAAUUUGUGGGGUCAAGCAUUAAUUUAAUAAUAAACUGAAGACUUCAAGUGUUUUACACAAUGAUUAGAGGUUUGUGUGUAAAAAAAUUAAUUAGGAAUUAAAAAUAAUCUUUUUAUUUGCACCUGUUCGAUAUACAAAGGUUAAAUUAAAGAAAUAAGUUAUUAGUAAUUGCGAUCGCUCGAAAAAGCUGCCAAAAUGACCGCCUUUUAAACAAUACUUAAGAAAAUCCAUUCUAUUUAGAAAUUGUUAUACGAAGCAAGGACUAUAAAACUUUUGGAAAGGUAUUGUAUUCCUUGGGAACUGAUAUGGCCAAAAAGUUUACACUCUGCUUGUAUUUUUUAAUAAUAACAUGAUGAAGUUUUCUAAAGUAAGAAGAUGACAAACUAUAAUAAAAAAGAGUGUGUCUCGAGAUGCCCGACAGAAGUGACAACUUCAACUAA